UCCAGGUACUCUGACCCUGAUGAUAUAUUCCCCACCAAAUCUCCUCCGCCUCCCCUCGCUCCCUCCCUCGUGCUCCGCGUGACGCCGCCCAGUCUCCCUACGCAGAGUUAGAUCCGGCUGAGUAAUGGAGAACGGCAGCAGCAACGGCGGCGAGGCGCUUCCCAACGGGAACGGGAAGGCGGUGCAGGCGCUGCAGCGGAGCUUCGGCGAGGUGCAGGGGAUCCUGGAGCAUAACCGGAUGCUGAUCCAGGAGAUCGGCCAGAACCACGAGUCGCGCGACGCGGGCGGGCUCAGCCGCAACGUCGCCCUCAUCCGCGAGCUCAACAGCAACAUCGCCCGCGUCGUCGGCCUCUACUCGGACCUCUCCACCUCCUUCUCCGGCUCCCUCCUCGCCAAGGGCCCCGACGACGCCGCCGCCGCCGCCAACAAGAGGCCGCGCCCUACCCAGUAGGGCGCUGUAGAAGAAACAGUCCUCUUCUUUUCUCUUCAGUUUUAGAUUCAGAUUCGAGACGUGUUUCUUUUUCUUGAUGUGUUAUUUUAGCGGGCGUUGAGCUGAGGUAUGGACAGGGCAGCUAGCUUGUAGUCAAACGGAGAUGCAGGCGGCAGCGCAGAACUGUAUCAGGGGAUGCAAAGACUAGUUAGUCUCUCAAGAUAAAUGUUUGGUUACUUAUAACUGAAAAUAGUUAACUGCAACUGCUGUGGUUCUUACAGCCUGAUGCUUGAUUCUUACAAAUAGUUACUGUACAUUGAUUAUCCGUUCGUUGUUUUCAUUAGACAUAUAAUUCAAAAGAACAGUGUUAAGCUCGUAUAGUUGAAAGGGGCUGCUUUUCAGCAAUCUCUUUUAAAAGAACAGUGUCCUGGCUUUAUUGAUUUCCCGUUCUAUGCUUGGGACGUGAAUAUUGUUUACAACUCACAACUGAAGGUCUCGUUGCUGUUCAUAAAAGUUGCAACUUUUUUCUAACUCCAAAGAUGUUUGGUCUACAUAAUAUGUACAUAUCUUAGACACACCAUGUAAGAGCUUAUAAAUCAGCAUUUGACAUGCAUAUCCUUAUUUCCAAUCCUAAAAAUGGUUAUUAUCUGUGGCUAAAGCAUUGCAUAUCAUCUUCUUAUUUACUGCAAGGACCAACUAACCUAGGCGUACAGAGUAUCAUCUCAAGGAACAACAGCAUUGCAUAUCUAUUGCCCCAUCAAGAUGCAAAACAGAAGAGAUUUUUGGCCAUAAAGAUGCAAAGCAAAAAAGUUGUUUGUCUUCUUCUCCUCUAGUUUCUUCCUGAAAUAUUGCCUGCUUUGCAUUAAUAAUUCCUUCACUCCUUUAAUACUAUUUGCGUCAGCUAGUUUGCCAUUACGAUUCUAUCUUACGUACACCACCAAUCAGGCUGACUGCCUGUAGCACUCCUUUUCCUACACUCUAUUGCCAAAAUAGGAUAUUGACAUGGCAUUGUCCCCUUUCUGUUUUCUAUGUAUCAAAAUGUUGCUAUUUGGGUAUCAUAUGCCUUCAUUUUGUAUUCUUUGUAAGCUAACAUUAGCCUUCUUUGCUUGCAUAUUGAUUGAGUACGUACCUUUGAACCUGUGCAGGUUCCAUCCAACCUGUAGGGAAUGACUAGUGAGCAGGCUAAGAAGUUAGAUAAUUUCCUGUGCUCGCAUUGUGCUAAAGAAGAUGGCACAGGGAGUGGACAGGGCAGCUUGUUGUCAAACAGAGAUGCAGACAGCAGUGCGGAACUGUAUCAGGGGAUGCAAAGACUAGUUAGUCUCUGAAGAUAAAUGUUUGGUUAUAACUGAAAAUAGUUAACUGCAACUGCUGUGGUUCUUACAGCCUGAUGCUUGAUUCUUACCAAUAGUUAGUGUACAUUGAUGUUGCGUUCGUUGUUUUCAUUAGAAAUAUAAUUCUAAACAAAAGUGUUAAGCUCGUAUAGUUGAAGGGGACUGCUUUUCUCUUAGAAAAUUCAGCAAUCUCUUUUAAAAGAACCGUGUCCCAGCUUUAUUGCCAUUUCCCGUUCUAUGCUUGGGAAGUGAAUAUUGGUUACAACUCACAACUCAUUGUCUCUUUGGUGUUCAUAAAAUUUGCAACAUUUUUUAACGACAAAGAUGAUCUACAUAAGCAUCUCUUAGACAUACCAUGCAAUUCCUUAAAAUUCUGCAUUUGACAAGCAUAUCCUUAUUUUCAAUCCUAAGAAUGGUCUUUAUCUGUGGUUAAAGCAUUGCAUCUCAUCUUAUUCGGUGCAAGAACCACCUAACCUACAGGUGCAUAGAGUAUCAUCAUCUCAAGGAACAACAACAUUGCAUAUCUAUUGCCCCAUAAAGAUGCAAAACAAAAGAGAUUUUGUCCACUUAUUACUUCAUGAAGAUGGAAAACAAAAAAGAUGUCUGUCUUUUCUUCCUAAAAUGUCGCCUGCUCUGCAUAAAUAACUUUUGGUCUCUUUUAGGAGUACUUGGUUCAGCAAAUUUGCCAUUACACUUCUAUCUUAUCUGACCACCAAUCAGGGUCUGUGACUUCAGCACUUCUUUUCCUACUUUCUAUUGCGCCAUUUCAUACUAUUUAGCAAAAUGUUGCUAUUUGGUAUCUUGCACCUUCAUUUUCUGUUCUUUGUAAGGUAACAUUGGCCUUCUUUGCUUGCAUAUUGAUUAUGUACCUUUGAACAUGUGCAGGUUCCAUCCAACCUGUAAAUGAGUAUGGAGAAGAGCAAAGAGUUAGAUAAUUACAUGUGCUCGGAUCGUGCUAAAAAAGAAAGACCUUUAAAUUCAUAGCAUGGCUCACAAAGUUCUGAUUAUAAGGUUACUGAGGUUGAGCUAAAAAGGUGGAAGAGGUAAUCGUUUAUGGCCUCAGUUCUCCAUUGCUAGUACAAACUAGAGGGUGGCGGUUUACAUUGCACAAGAAAGGGAACUUGGCUAUUUAACCGUCAUGUUUGAUGGUUUGGUUGUUGCAUCUUGUCGAAGUAGCCUAUGUGUGGUGUAGCUCGUGUUGUCAACCAGUUCCCUGCAGGAUUAGUUACGUGUGUGUGUGUGUGUUAAAUCUAUCAUUUGUCAGAAUAGGAGUGGACGCUACGGGCCUACUCCGUACAUGUUUGUACAUGUUCUUCGCACUUGUUCCUUUUCACCACUUUUUAUCGUAUGAACAUAGAAUGAAUACUACACCUUGGCAAAGAUGGUAGUUAAAUCCU